AUGACAACCCCUUCUCCACCUCGGAGCCGUGAUAGGUUCAAGAUAGCCAUCAUCUGCGCCUUACCUCUGGAAGCCGACGCGGUGCAUGCCGUGUUCGACGUCGAUUGGGAAGAUGAAGGAAUGAAAUACGGGAAAGCACGAGGUGACUCCAAUACAUAUUCAACAGGAGCAAUAGCUGGCCAUCCAGUUGUUCUCGCCCAUAUGCCCACUCUGGGAUUGUCAAAUGCGUCAGCCACGGCUGCCCUCCUUCGAUCGAGUUUUCCUCAGAUCCAGCUUUCCUUGGUCGUGGGGAUAUGCGGCGUUGCUCCUGUCCAUCCGGUAACACGAGAAGAGAUCGUUUUGGGUGAUAUCAUCAUAAGUACUGCCGUUAUUCAGACCGAUUUUGGCAGGCUUUAUCCAGGUGGGUUUCGAAGGAAGACUGAGAUUGAGGAUAGCCUUGGCAGAUCGACCCCUGAAAUCCGCUCGUUCGUCAGCAAAUUGCAAACACGGCAAGUUCAAAUGAGAAUGAUGAAAAACAUGGCUUCGUCCCUGCACUCGAAUGGUUUCGCAUCAUAUCCAGGGGCACAUCAUGACCACCUGUAUGAGGCAAGUUAUCUCCACCAGCAUAAAGAAGACACCAGAUGUGAGCAGUGUUCUCUUGGCUCAGGAACCUGCCCAAUGAGUUGUGAUGAGCUUCAAUGCGAAGCGGAGUUCCUCAUCCCGCGCCAGCGGCAUGCAUCUUACCAAAAUAGUUACGACCUACUUGAUUACACCCCAUCCAUCCACUUCGGCAGAUAUGGUUCGGCAAGCUCAGUGAUCAAGUCUGGGCAGGAUAGGGAUCGGAUCGCCUUUGAAGACAAGGUAGUCGGAUUUGAAAUGGAGGGUGCCGGAGUGUGGGAUCAUGGUCCGACCAUCGUUAUCAAGGGUGCUUGCGACUAUGCCGAUAGCCACAAGAACAAACGUUGGCAAACUUAUGCCGCGGCAAGUGGAGCAGCUUGCCUGAAAGCGUUUUUGACUGAGUGGACAGGAGUUGAUGAGUCAUCCACAACAGGUACGAAGAUUUGUUCAGUGACUGCUGGAAUCGUUCUGAUUUUCCAUUUCCUGACGUGCGCAGAUGAACCAUCGCCAGUCGUGUCGCCAAUCGAUAGACAAUCCAAAACGGUAUGGCAUGUCCCUUUCGAUCAGCUCUCAGGGUUCAUUGGCCGUGAAGACGAGGUCAAGCGCCUUCAGGAAAAGCUGUUCGAGGUCAGCAGCCGUCGAGUUGUAGCGAUCCUCGGUCUUGGUGGUAUGGGGAAAAGUCGACUCGCCCUGGAGAUUGCUUUUCAAACUAGAAAAGAUCAGCCGGACUGUGCUAUUCUCUGGAUCGACGCCUCGGACCGGCUGACGUUCGAGAAAGACGUCCUUGCCAUUGCAAAGAAGCUAGGUAUACCAGGUGCCACUGACGAACAGGCAGACUUCAAGCAACUAUUCAAGCAAGGUCUCAGUAGUUCCUCUCUCGGUAAGUGGCUACUUGUAAUCGACAAUGCGGACGAUGAGGCUCUUUGGGGAAAGCCUGCAGAUCUAGACCCGGAUACAUCGAUGCUGGGGCAGUAUUUACCUAAUACAAGCAACGGAUCUAUUCUCAUCACGACCCGUACGCGACGAGUCGCCGUGACUCUUGCUGGAAGGGACAUACUCAAUCUAGCUGAACCAUCUGCUGAAUCUGCAUCUAAAAUGUUUAUGGGUAUGUUGGAAGACGAGGCUCUCGCUGGUGAUGCUCUUACGACAUCGAGGCUGUUGGAGAAGCUUACUCUUCUCCCUCUCGCAAUUACACAAGCUGCCUCGUUCAUCAACAUGACUCAAAUUUCCGCAAAAAGCUAUCUCAAUCUAGUCAAUCAGCCCAAGGAGGAGGAAGUCAUUAAGCUUUUGAGUAAGGACUUUGGGGAUCCGUCACGAUGUUCGAGCGCAAAAAACCCGGUAGCAACUACUUGGUUUAUCUCCUUUAAGCACAUUCGCACAAACCACCCACUUGCCGCGGACAUCCUCUCGUCAAUGGCUUGCUUUCACGAGAAAAAUAUUCCCCAGUCACUUCUGCCACCUCUCUCACGGACCAUGUCGGAUGUUGACACACACGAGGCUAUCGGGGUCUUGAUUGGAUAUUCGUUUGUGAGGAGGCAUACAAGUACUACGACCUUCGAGCUUGUAUAUGAUCUCCAUCGUCUGGUGCAACUCGCAGCUCGGAAUUGGUUGUCAAUGGAUGAUUCGUUAACACGCUGGAAACGGUUAUGCAUCGAGCAAACGAAUCAGGUCUUUCCAGCCGUGCUCGACGAAAACAAGGAGAUUUGGACCAUGUACCUGCCACACGCACAGCGUCUUUGCGACGAUAGCGAAUUGGCCACGACUCCAGCGCGCUAUCACUUACUCCAAUUCGUGGCUGAUUGCUUUCUUGAGAUGGGAAAGUAUGCUGAAGCUGUUAGAAUUCAGAAACUAGUAGUACAACAUUUCGAGACGAGCAAUGGAGACGUUGAUCGAGAUCGGCCACUGUCACUUGCUUACGGUCACCUUGGAAGAGCAUUGAGAUUCAAUGGUGAUGAUGUUGGCGCACAGUAUUACCUGGAAAAAGGAUUAUCCAUUGCCAAGGAAGUAUUUUCACCUGAUGAUGUCGAUGUGUUGGUCAUACAAGAGAUGCUCGCUAGUAUAUACCGUGGCCAGGGGCUCUUGAAAGAGGCGGAGGAACAAAUGGUGAAACUCAUGCACACAAGUACGAGAGCGCUAGGACUCGAGCACUUCCGGACACUGGGCAUCAUGGACGGUCUUGCAAAGAUUUAUGAAGACCAGGACCGGGUUCAAGAAGCUGAAUUGCUCAUGCAUAAGACAGUACUCCUAGCAUCGAAAGCUCUUGGGGAACUCCAUGGCCUGACUCUCGGGUAUAAGCGUAGGCUGGCAUCGUUAUUCUAUCGACAGAAUCGACUCAAGGAGGCAGAAGAACUCAAGAUAUAUGUGUGGAAGACGCAGACCAAACUACUUGGGCCAGAUCAUCCAAGCACGUUAUGGAACAUGGGUGAACUAGCGCUCGUGUAUGCUGCUCAAAAUCGACUUGAAGACGCUGAAGCAAUGGAAACACAACUCCUGAAGAAGCUGACACUGGGGCUAGGUCCACAACACCCCGGGACGCUGACGUGUAUGAUCAACCUUGCGUGUACCUUGAAUAAGCAAGGAAAGAUUGUGGAGGCUAUUCAACUUAUGUCGCAAUGUGUUCAAAUAAGUGUUCGGCUCUUUGGAGCUGAACACCGUGAUACUCAAAGAUCUGCUUCGACUCUAGCUAUUUGGCGAUGCCAUCGAGAUAUAGCAACGCAUUCUCAACAUAACCCAGGUGCUUCACAGGAGCAGGAGACUCAAGACUACACGGCUCAGGUGACUCAUAUCACACCCCAAGCUGCAAGUACGACGAUGAGGGUGAAUGAUUCUGAACAACCUAAUGCUCUACUUGCUGCGGCCCCUGCAGCUCUGGCAGAUCGGCGACAUCGCAAACGGGCGCGGCGGUCAAGGGCGCGUAGUGCUAAUGAACUACUGAGGUUGUAG